AUGGAGGAGCCCUUGAUGGUCGAGCUGGGACGUCAGCAGAAGGCCCUGCUCAUGCAGGAGACCGAGGCUGAAUGGGAGCUGAUCUUCUCUCACGAGCACUUGGCUGCCCUAGAACAGCACUCUGAGCUGGUGUGCACGUUUCACCGAAGCAGCCAAUGGCCGAUCACGGCGACGUGGCAAAGGCCAGGCGACGAGCCACAGAAAUACGUGGAUGAUGGGCAGCUCCUGCGUGCACUCGAGACGCGGGUCCAUCCUCCGGCCUGUCUGCGGGACCGGCUGUCCGGUGUGGACGAGCGCCGCUCCGGACGAUGUCUGGAGUAG